UAAUAACGGAAGACAUAACCAGAGAGCUAGGCAAAGACAUGGCAAAUGCAAAGAGCAACCUUAAGGUUCUUGUGGUAGGUGGUACUGGAUAUAUUGGGAGAAGGAUUGUUAGUGCAAGCCUAGCACAAGGCUACCCGACUUAUGUCCUUCAAAGGCCGGCAACGGAGAUUGGCCUCGAUAUUGAGAAACUACAAAUGCUCUUGUCGUUUAAGAAGCAAGGGGCUCAUCUCGUGGAGGGUUCGUUUUCUGAUAUCCAAAGCCUUGUCGAUGCCGUGAAACAAGUUGACGUUGUCAUUUGCACCAUGUCGGGGGUGCAUUUCCGGAGUCACAACCUUUUGUUGCAGCUCAAGCUUGUUGAAGCCAUUAAACAAGCUGGAAAUGUUAAGCGCUUCUUGCCAUCAGAGUUUGGUUUGGACCCGGCGCGUAUGGGACAUGGACUUGAACCAGGAAGAGUAACAUUUGAUGAGAAAAUGGUGGUGAGAAAGGCAAUAGAAGACGCCAACAUCCCCUUCACUUAUGUGUGUGGUGCUGGCUUCGCCGGUUAUUUUGCGGGCAAUCUCUCUCAGAUGGGAACACUUGUUCCUCCGAAGGACAAAGUCCUUAUUUAUGGAGAUGGCAACACUAAAGUAUCUUUCAUGGACGAAGAUGACAUUGGAAGCUAUACAAUCAAGACAAUAGAUGAUCCGCGAACUUGCAACAAAACAUUGUAUCUUCUUCCGCCCGAAAACCUACUCACUCAAAGACAAUUGGUGGACAUUUGGGAAAAUCUUGUUGGAAAGAAACUAGAGAAAAUUUCCCUUUCUAAAGAAGACCUCCUUGCCUCUAUGAAAGGUAUGGACUAUGCAGGCCAGGUCGGGGUGGGGCAUUUCUAUCACAUUUUCUAUGAAGGCUCUUUGACAAACUUCGAAAUAGAGGAGGAAGGAGAAGAAGCUUCAAAGCUUUAUCCAGAAGUGAAAUACACCCGCAUGGAUGAAUACUUGAAAAUUUAUGCAUAAGAAUGAAAUAUAUGUCUCUGCAAUCUAUAUCUAGAAUCACAAUUAGCAGAUGGACAUAAUCAUCAUGUAAACACACCAACUCACCAAGACAUAAACGCGGGCUCGUGUGGCCAAGCAUGUGCAGCACUCUUUGCAAACUCUCAAGUGUGCACAGAGCCCCCCUAUUUAUGGUGACCACGAUCACUUAGUCUUCCAUUUUUCUAUCACUCUUGACGAUAUAUGUAUAUGAGAAACAAGAAAUAAUAUUACUAAGUUUUCGAAA